CAAACAAUUCAAUCGACCACUCGCAUUCUGGCCUCUGGGAACGUUCUGUUCUAGAGUGAAGACCAGUUGUUCAUCUGUUUCCAGAUGAAAGAGCUCUUUUUUUUGCCAUUAAAGUGAUCAUUCAGGGCAAAGACUCAUUUUAACUCCAUUUGACACCAUUAAAGUUUCAGAUGUUCAAGGUGGAGAAAAGAGAGAGAAUGUGAAUAAAAAAAAUGGUGAGUCUAAAAAAGCAUUUUUAUGUAUUAAAAAAACUGUUUAAGGAUGGCUGGAAGAGGUAAGGCAAUAUACAGUAUGCAUUAGACCAGUGGGACUGGUACUAAUAGGGUAGCAAACACCAGGGAAAACAUUGCAAAAUACAAAUAAUAAAAUGCAACUGACAAUAUAAUCAUGUAGUUUGGACCACUAUCAUAGUUAGAAUAGCAAAAUAAAUAGACUUAUAAAAGGGAGCAGAAAACGCUGAGGGUCAAAUCAAACUCUACAGUACUUUAGCACAAAUUCAUCAGUAGGGAUGGGAAUUGUUAGGAAUUUAACAAUUCCAGUCCGGUUCCUCUUAACGAUUCCGGUUCCUUAAUGGUUCCAGUAAUGAUUCCAGUGGUUCUUUUAGUACUUUUGAAGAAGAAAUAUUUGAAAAUGAGAAAUUCAAUUUUUUAUUGGAUUUACUGUCCUCUGCAGUCUGUUACCAAAUGAUGAGAUACUUUUAGAUUUCUACAGAGCAGAUAUAACAAAUCAGAAAUAAAUGUAAUACAAUUCUUGCAAAAGGUGUGUUUGCUGACUUUUUAGAGUCAUAUAUCCAAUCCAAUAAUUAUUCCUAACUAGGCUAUAUCUGGACUGUAUCUAAACAAACAAGAAAUGUGAUGGCAUAUUUCAUUCAUAAUUUUUUUUUUAAAAUAUACAAUUCCUUGUAUUACAAAACUUGUGUAUCUUUAAUGAAACAUUGUCAUAUGAACUAGAGGUCUGCAUGGGCCUUGUCACGUAUUCCCUGUGUGUUUGCUUAGACUUUUAUUUUGAAAUUCUUGUUUAGUUCCCCAUUCCUGUUUCCUGUUAAUUUUGUAGUCCUUUGUAGUUUCUUUUCAUAAUUGGUUUUCCCCUGAUUGUUUUCCCCAGGUGUUUCUCGUUUCCUUGUUUGCCCAUUUGUAUUUAAGCCCUUGUUUCCCCUGGUUUCUUUGUAAGUCUUCAUAUGUGUUGUCUUGUUCUGUGUUUGGUUUCCUGUGUUUUUGUUUCAUUCUAUUCUGAGUUACUUUGUUUAUUUUUGGUUUCCAUUAAAAGCUGCAUUUAGAUCCUCAUUCCACGUCUGCCUCGUUACAGAAAGACUGACCAUCCGAAAUGGAUCUAGCAGCAUGCUUUGUCCAGUUGAGCCGAGCAAACUUACCAAUUAGAGAAUACUAUCGUCUGUUUAGCACUGUUGCCAGAUACACGGGAGUUACCGAUUCCCACUUGAAGUCCUUAUAUCAGAUCGGUCUCCUAGCUCACAAGUGGAGGGAAUUGCCAGAGACCGGUGAUUACACGUGGGAGGAGUAUGUGGAGUUAAUUUUAGAGACAUUCGCUUCAGAGGAACCUCCUCUCUCAACCCCGGUUCCGGUUUCUGAGUCUUCCACACCUCAGCCUGUUCCAUGUCAUGUCAUGUCAACGGCUCAGCCUGCUCUAUACCAUGUCUCAGCCAAACCUCAGCCUGCUUCACGCCAUGCCACAGCUACGCCUGAGUCUGCUCCACGCCAUACCACAACCCAGCCUCCCACGGCCCUUGAUUCCAAGUUAAAUUAUCCACCACUUAUGUCAGUGCGUAGGGUCAUGAAGACCCUUCCUCAAAGCUUGUCAGUACUCACGCCCGCCACGGCCAACGAGCCAGCGCCCGCCUCGGCCAACGAGCCAGCGCCCGCCUCGGCCAACGAGCCAGCGCCCGCCUCGGCCAACGAGCCAGCGCCCACCUCGGCCAACGAGCCCACACCCGCCUCGGCCAAUGAGCCCAUGCCCACAGCCAACGAGCCAACGCCCACACCUGCCACGGCCAACGAGCUAGAAGCCUCAUCCGUCCCAGAGCUUGCGUUGUCAACUUCGGCCAUCCGGAGGAGGAGAAGAAAAGUUUCUGUUCCCAAGUCUCUUCCCGUGUACACAACCACGGAGGUCGUUCCCGAGUCUCCUCCCAUGCCCACGACCACGGAGGUCGUUCCCGAGUCUCCUCCCAUACCCACGACCACGGAGGCCGUUCCCGAGUCUCCUCCCAUGCCCCGACCACGGAGGCCGUUCCCGAGUCUCCUCCCAUGCCCACGACCACGGAGGCCGUUCCCGAGUCUCCUCCCAUGCCCACGACCACGGAGGCCGUUCCCGAGUCUCCUCCCAUGCCCACGACCACGGAGGUCGUUCCCGAGUCCUUUCCCAUGUUCGCGACAAUGGAGGUCAUUUUCCAUUCAUCCAGGACUCUUUGUCUCAAGCCUGCCACGGCUCCGCCUUCCACGGCUUCGUCCCUCGAGCCUGCCACAACUCUGUCUUCCACGGCUUCGCCCCUCGAGCCUGCCAUGGCACCGCCUUCCACAGCUCUGCCCCCAGAGCCUAUACCUCCAGUGGCUCCGCCCGCUCCCCCAGAGACUCCUCUUACAGCGGCUCCACCGCCUGACCCAGUCCCUGUCCUGCGGCCACCUCCCAGGCCUCCUGACCCAGUCUCGGCCCUGCGGCCGCCUCCCAGGCCUCCUUACCCUGUCUCGACCCUGUGGCCUCCCAGAACUCCUGACCCAGUCUCCACCUUGAGGUCAUCUCCUUGGUCUCCUGGCCGUCAGCCUGAUCUGCUCUGGUCUCCCUGGUCUCCUGGCCAUCCGCCUGAUCUGCUCUGGUCUCCUUGGUCUCCUGGCCGUCCGCCUGAUCUGCUCUGGUCUUCCUGGUCUCCUGGCCGUCUGCCUGAU